AUGCCGGCGUAUCCGUACCCGGGCACAGAAGAAAGCAGCUGGUUUCCUGCGCUGGUAUCCACCUUUCUUGCAGUCGCGCUGGUACUGUCUGAUCAAGCCCAGACGAUCCUGCCAGAUGACUUCGUCUCACAUGCCCUAAGUUGUGGGAUUCUGGCCAUGACCUUUUUCUGCAUGUACAUCCUUCUCAAGUCCAGCUUCAGCCGUCGCAAGGUGGUGAAGCACCCUGUUAGUCACAGCAAUGUGUCCGAAAGGCAGGACGGGGCGUCGCUUAGGAUCCUCCGUGGCGUAAUUAAGAAAUAUUCCGAAAAGAAGGAAUGGGGAGUUGUCGGAGUGCGGGAGUCUGAGUCUGAUUCAGAGUCAGACGACGAGACGAUGGUCCGCUUCAUGCGCAGCGAGCGAGACCGUGUGGGCUUGCAGCCCGGGGACCACGUCAUCUUCCGGGCAGUCCCGGAUCCCCACAUGCAGGGAUGGCUGCUGGCAGAGACUAUCUGGAAAGCCCCUCCGGAGGAGGCAAACAAGCUCUCGAGCAAGCCGGACUCUCUCGCAAAGCGAAAGGUGCCUCAGACUGUUGGAAGAGCAGACUGA